CAAUAUGUCUAACACACACACACACACACACACACACACUCAGUUUGUAUUGUUAGAGGCUCGCAGCAGGGCUGAUUGAUCAUUCUUCUUCACCGGCAGAUGGAUCACUGCUCGGAUCGACUCCUCUGAACGGAAUAUCUCGGCUCUGAUCGGUCAGGUGACCGUUAAGUGGGCUGUGCAUGUAUGGCUGAUGGACAGGCGUCUGAACCAAUCACAGGACAAUGCUGGCACGAAGCCGUUUCAUGCUGGUGCUGGUGGUGGGUGCGCUGCUGGCGGUGCUGAGUUUCACCCUGCAGUAUUUGCACCUCAUUCCAACCAAUCCGGUGGCAGAGCAAAGGUCACUUGGUAAAAGCAGAAAGCGUGUGAAUCCGGUCCUCCAUACGGAUCCUCCCACCCCAGACCCCAUCCGAGACUCUCACAAGUACUGCAAUUACCCCAACCUCACCGAGCACGGCUGGGAGGGUCACAGUCCGGCUGACUACAGGCUGCUGUCGGUACACGUGAUGAUUCGGCAUGGGGACCGUUUCCCUCUGUACUCCAUCCCCAAAACCAAGAAACCCGCCAUUGACUGUUUACUAUCAGAAAAGAGAAAGCCCUCUCACCCCCUCUUGGCCUCCUUCAUUGGUCACAUGGCUCUCGGUGGGCGUGGUCACUGGGACACAUCACUGCUAUCUCUGCCCAGAUUACCCCAUCACGGCACCUGUGAAAUGGGAGAGCUCACACAGACAGGAGUCGUACAGCAGUUGAAAAGCGGCGAUCAUCUUCGCCAGGCUUACAUCAAGCGUCACAAUCUGCUUACCUCUGAUUGGUCACCGCGCCAGUUGUGGGUGGAGACUACAGGUAAAAGCCGCACCCUUCAGAGUGGAUUGGCCUUCCUCUUCGGUUUCCUGCCACAUUUUGAUUGGUCACGACUGACGGUAAGACAGCAGUGGAGUACGCUGUUCUGCGGUUCCUCCUGCGACUGUCCCGCACGCAACCGGUACCUGGACCAGGAGCAGCGCAGGCAGUAUCGGCAGAGGACUGCAGACACGGAACUGGAACGCACUUACGUCGCCAUGGCAAAGACGUUGGGCGUGGCCACAAAGACUCUGAGGGCAGCCAACCCGGUGGAUGCAUUGUUGUGUCACUUUUGUCAUGGUCUUCCUUUCCCAUGCUCUAGCACACAGACUUCAUCAAAUGCUCCGGAUGAGGGGGCGUGUCUUACACUACAGCACUUUGCUGUGAUUCGACGGCAGCAGAAAAAUGAUGAACUGGAGCGGCGGGAGGCGGGGAUUUACCGCCGAUAUGCUGUGCUCGCGGCGCAUCCGUACCUCAACCGUACUGCAACGCGGAUGGAGAGGAUUGCCAGAGGAAGCCAAACGCGCAAAGGCAAGGAAGAGGCGGUCUUCGCUUUAGCAUCUGCUCAUGACGUAACAAUGGCGCCGUUGCUAAGCGCGCUUGGUCUGGAAGGGGCGGGAUUUCCAAAGUUUGCAGCGCGGCUGGUGUUUGAGCUGUGGAACAGCCCGGAAGUGAAAGACAAUGACAAAAAGAGUGAUAGAAAACGAGGAAACUGGUUGGAAAAUGUGUUCAUUCGUGUUCUCUAUAACGGAGAGGACUUGACCUUUGACACAGCCUUCUGCCGUGACCACAACCGACACUCUGCUCAGCCGCUGUGCCCUCUGGGUAAUUUCCUGUCAUUUGUGAGAAAGGAUAUGUUUAAUAUUGUCAAUGCGACGAGUUACCAGCAGGCCUGCCACCAAACUGUACUGUAAAUGUGAACGUGAAUGACUGACAGAGAGCAAACGUCAAGGAAGAAUGAGGAACAGGUACAGUUUACCCAAAUAUUCUGUACAGCUCAGACAUUAUUUAGUCCUUUCAUGUCAUUCCAAACCCAUAUGAGUUUUCGUGGAAUGCAACUGACUAAAUUGUGAUGAAUAUUCAAUGAAUGCAAGACUUUUAAGCUCAAAAAGCUUCUUAAAAGUCCAUACGACUUCUGCUUGUCACUGAAUGCUUUCAUUGUGCUGAUCAAGAGCAGCAAAUCUCUUCUUCUGUGUCCCGCUGAAGAAAGAAAAUCCGGAUUGGAAUGACAUGAAGGUGAAAAAAUGAUGACAUCAUUUUCAUUUUUGGGUGAACUGUCCCUUUAAGACCGAGUACUACUAAUGUCAUUGAUGUAGUGUUAAGUUUGUUGUCCCUGCACAGCAUUGUUUUUGGUACACUUAUCACACUGACAGAAUUUAAAGUUGCUUAAAGUAAUCAUUUUAAGCUGUGGGCUGUGACUGAAUAUGCACAUCUGAUUGACGUUGUGAUGUAAUGUCAAGAACCCUUCAAGAGCUCCUGAAUCCAGACAAACACACAAACAGUCAAUUGUUGAAACACCUCUUGCCUUCAUUCUGAGGAAUGCUGCACAGUCAUUAAGACAAUCCCAGUGGUUUUGCUAAACAUAUAAAAAGUGUUUGAACUGUCAUUUUCAGACCACAUUUCUUAAACACUUGUAUAAGAUUGAGGGCACUUUGCCACUUUAUUGCAGAGUUCCUGCUGUGAUCGGGAAUCUGAUGUUAUUACAAUUUCACAUCUCUUCCCUUAGAUUUCCCGGAUAAGUUCUCACUUGAAUAGUAUUAGCAGAAUUUCUAGCACAAUCAUGUUGUCCUGACACAUUCCUCACUCAUUUUGUGUGCUUUAAAUUUCCCUUUGUUUACAUAUAAUGUCAAGUUUAAAACAAAAGAGUGGUCAUAUUUUUUUUUUUUUUGAGUACUGUAAAACUGAUUCAAUCAACUAAUUGUGUCAUGAAUGGUGUUCUUGUGAUCAGUCUGUACUGCCACAUUCCAAACCUCAAAACACAUUUUUCAAUAAAAGAAUCAUUUUGUCUAAGAA